UGACGCUUGCUGCCAGCAGCCCGCCGCCGGGCGCAGAAGGUCCUGCAAGCCCGCCGUCGCCGCCGCUGCCGGCGCGCCCGACGAAGUAUUUUAUUCUUUCAAGAGUCCCUGGGUAGCACAGAAGGUUAAGUCCUCGGCUUCUAACUGAAAGAUUGCUCAUUGCUGGUGUAUGGAAACGCAGCUGUUUUUUACGUGUCGACCUUGUACCCUGCCACUUUGCUGAAUUUGUUUAUUAGCUCUAGGAGAUUUCUUGUGAUGCUCUAUAAAAAAAUAUACAUAUAUUUUUUUUAUAGGAUUAUAUCAUCUGUGUAGUUUCCUCUUAGUUUAUAAAAUGUUAGUGAGACCACCUUUGGAUAGGCUAGAACACAAAAAGGGCACAUCUGCUAAAGCAUAGGUAGUGUGUUUUCACAACUUCAUUUGGGCAGAGCCUUGAGAGACAGUUUGCCAGUUUGUUACUUGUAAUCAGAAAAAUGAACUGAAGAUCAGCUAGUCUGAAACAAACAUUAGAUUUGGUGAUGAAUUUUUUUAAUAAUUAUUUUAGGUGCUAUGUAAAUAAAAAGCCCCUAAGAAAGUUCCUUUAUUUGGUUACCUUGGUGUAUAUUUUGCAGCUAGUUUUUCUUGGAGUGCUCACUUCUAAGCACUGGGUGCUCUGUGGGUGGUUUAUUAAGAUUUAUUUCUAUGACAGGCAAUGUGUUGCACCUGCCCUAAAUUUUUUUCCAAAUUAGGCUGCAAAAUAAAUAUACAAAAAGCAGUAGUUUUUUCCAUGGCAGGAAUAACCAGUUUAGAAAAUAUAAUGGAAAAAAGAUCUCAUUCAUAAUAGCAACAAAAAUAGACAUAAUAACUGGGAAUAAACUGAAGAAAAGUACAAAGCCUGUAUGAGUAAAGCUAUACAAAGCUACUGAAAGGCAUAAAAUAAGACUAGAAUAAAUGAAGAACUGUAUCAUAUGCCCAGAUAGAAAGACCCAUUCUCCUUAUAAAUAAUGAGCUAUAAGUUUAAUAUACUUCCGUUCAUCUUCCCAAAAGGAUUUUUUUUUUAGUUUGUUUAUCCAAAAAAAGAUUGCAUAAGAAAAAGCCUUGAAAAUAUUUUUUAAAAAGAAGGGUAAUGAUGGAAAUAUUGCCCUACCAUGUAUGAAUUAUAGGUAUGCUAAAAUUAUUGAAACAAAACAUUGAGAUACUAAUGCAGAACUUAAUAGACAGGAAAAGGGAACAGACUGCAGAAGCUAGAAACAUACCCAAGUAUGAGUAAGAAGUGACUAUAAAAAAGGUAGCAUUUAAGACAGUUUCAUAAAUGCUAUUGGAACAGAUGACUAACCAUUUGGAAAAACAAUUUUAGGUCUUUUUUCCAUGCCAUAAAUUCAAAUGAAUUAAACAUUUAAAUUUAAGAAGCAAGACCAUGUAAGUAUUAAUAGGACCGUAAGUGGAUAUUUCUGGAAUCUGGUGUGGGGAAAGCAAAGGUAGAAACCGUAAAGCAAGGACACAAACUCAGUGCCAACAGGGGCCAGCAAGAAAUUGAAUGAGUUAAGUACAUUGGGUAGAAGACAAAACCAUGUAGCCCUCAGUUUCUUUUAUUUUGUCGUUGUCGUUGUCAUUGUUUGAUAGAAGUGUAAUUAUUUAUCUACUCCGAGGAAAAUCACAGCAUAAGCACAGCACCCAGUGGCAGCCAACAUUUGAUUCAAGGUUAAACCCAGUGCAUGGAGUCGAUUCUGACUCAUAGCGACCCUGUAGGACAGAGCAGAACUGCCCUAUAGAGUUUCCAAAGAGCACCUGGCGGAUUUGAACUGCCAACCUUUUGGUUAGCAGCUGUAGCACUUAACCACUAUGCCACCAGGGUUUCCUGAUUCAAGGUUAGGCUGCAGAAGAGUGAUAGGGCAUGGUAGAAAUUGUCGCUGUGAGUCUGAAUCGAACAGCAAUGGGUUUGGGGGUCCGGCUGACCCAGGCGCAGCAGCCGCACUCACACUGUAGCCUGAAAGAAUCUCCCCCAACCCUGGUUGUACAACAACAUGGUAGCCUUGGGAUACCAAGGCCACUCAGCUCCAAGCAAUUGCUGCAGGAAUGAAGCACGGAGCUAACAGAUCCUCUGGCCUUUUUCCACGUAAAGCUAGAAAUUGCAUAUUUAAUGUUCCAUCUCCUUAAUUUAAAUAUUUAUCUCAAUUUUUAAAACACAUUUGCAGGCCAGAUUCAGCCCAUAGGCCUGCAGUCUGUGAACUCCACUGUAUAUACAGUUGGUUUUGGCUUCAGGAUUAUGCGUCCCGCCUUAAAUGAGUUGGGCUUCUUUCCGUGGUUUUUCCAGUGCUCUGGAUCAGUGUCCGUAGCAGAGGAAUUAUCUGGGCAAAGUUAGAGCUUUUGCCAUCAGGGCUUGAGGCCUUUUUGUGAAGGCAGAUUUCUACAUUUUCAGGUUUUCUUCUUGAGCCAGUUGUAGUUACUUAUAUUCCUAUAAAAAUUAUCCAUUUAAUCUAGAUUUUAAAGUUAAUAUUUUAUUUUUCUUAAGAAUUUUUUUUGUUUGUUUAAUCUCUCGAUAGCAAUAAUUUUCAGUUCUUUCACAUUCUUAAUAUUUUGUUUGGUUGAUUUCACUUCCAUUCUGGAUUUUUUGUUUGUUUUUUUAUUUUAAUUCAUUGAUUUUUGUUUUGACUUUUAUUAAUGCCCUCUCCUGAUUUAUUUUAUUUGAUUUAUUCUUUUUCUUAUUUAUAAAGUUGAAUUCUUUUCAUUAUUCCUUUUUAGGUUGAUAAUACAAGUAUUGAAGGUUGUGAGUUUUUUUCUCAGCACAAGGUUUUUUCUCCCAGUGUGACCCAUUUCUAAAUUGUGUAUGAUUUGUUUGGAUUACUUCUUAGACCCAGGUCACUUUCAAGAUUGUUUUUUUAAUUUCUAAAUUUUUAAAAAAUCUUUUUAUUGUUGAGUUAAUUUAUUGCAUUAUGGGCACAGAAUGUGGCCUCCAAGAUUUCUAUUCUUUGGAAUGCUUUUUGAUGCCGUAAUAAACAGUUUGUCUAAAUAUAGAGGCUUUUGGUUUAUUUGAAAAGAAUGUGUUUUCUCUGUUAGAUACAAAGCUCUGAAUGUAUAUUUAUUUACUAAUAGUAUUGUUUCUAUCCUAUGCUCUGUCUUCUCUCUUUGACUAAACCAAACCCAUUGCAGUCGGGUCUAUUCUGUCAUAGCGACCCAGUAGGACACAGUAGAACUCUGCCCUAUAGGGUUUGCGACCUUUUGGUUAGCAGCCAUAGCACUUAACCAGUGCACCACCAGGGCUCUUCUCUUUAACUCCCAUUGCUGUCGAGUCGAUUCCGUCUCAUAGCGACCCUAUAGGACAGAGUAGAACUGUCUCAUAGGGUUUCCAAGGAGCAGCUGGUAGAUUUGAACUGCCAGCCUUUUGGUUGGCAGCCGUAACUUAACCACUGUGCCACCAGGGCUCCUCUCUCUUUGACUACUGGUCUUUAAAUCCUGAGAGGUAAUGAUAGAUGCCCACCAUGAUUAUGUUUUUUACCAAAUUCUUAACUAUGUUUCUAAUAACAUUUGCUUCUCUAUUUUGAUAUUCUGUUAAGUAAAUAUUUGUGUCUGCUAUAUCUUCUCUGAAGAUUAUUUUAUCACUGUAAAAUAUCAUUAUUCCAUAUAACUUUUUUUGGCCUUCAUUCUACUUUGUUUUAAACUGGCACUCUAGUUUUCUCUCUGAUAAUAUUUGCCUGCUGUAUUUUUGUACUUUUUCUUAUCCCUGCCCCCAUUUAAAUCUUUUUAGAAUCAUUUUAAGGAUUUUCUUAUAAACAGCGUAUAGCUGGAUAUAGCCUUUAUGUAGUCUUAGUAUUUCUAUUAAUAAAACCCGCUGCUGCCGAGUUGAUUCCGACUCAUAGCUACCCCAUAGGGUUUCCAAGGCUGUAAAUCUCUGGAAGCAGAGUGCCACAUCUUUCUCCCCGAGAGCCGCGGGUCAUUUUUCUCAUAAUUAAUUUUUUUAUCUCAUCCUACCACUUUUGUUUGUAUUUCUUUGAUUUGCUUUCUUAUGAUGUCCCUUUUUUCUUUUAAUUUCUAGAUUUUGCUGAAAUGAUCCAGGUUUCUCUGUUUCUUUUCCCUCCUGCUAGUGAUGAACGUUACACAUUCCUACAUUGUAACAUAUGCAUUCGAAGUUAUAUUUUUCUAACAAAUUUCUGAAUUAAAUAGAACAGCCUUUCAAAAUGAAACUACUGGCAUGAUUUAACUUGCUUCCUUCUCCCCAUCCCCAUCUUCUGUGCUUUUAUGAGAUAAUCUGAAGCCUUAGUCUGAAUUAGUGUGGGAAUUUUAAUUAGUGGAAUGAUUAUCUGUCUAGAGAGAAAGAGAGAAAAGACAUGUCCAAAAAUACCUUUUUUUUUUUUUAACCUAUUCAGAUGAAGGAUCUUUUGACUGGAUGCCAGACUUACAGCAUCACAGUUCUUUUCACUCCGACAGCUAUUGGAAAGAAAGGCCUGGGGAUUUACUUACGGAAGGUCAUAUCCUUGAAAACCCCAUGGACGCAUGGGUUUGCCACAAAUCAGAGUCGACUCAGUGGCAACUGGUUUGGUCUUUGUUUUUUAGUUCAGGCAGCAAUAGAUGUUGCUUCACUGUCUUUUUCUUUCUUUCUUUUUUUUUUGAGAUAAUUAUAGAGUCACGUGCAGUUGUAAGAACUAAUACAGAGCAAUUUCUUCUAAUGGUGACGUCUUGUAAAACUGUAUUACAAUAUGACAACAAGGAUAUUGCCAUUGAUACAGUCAAGAUACAGAGCACUUCUAUCACUACAGGGGUCCCCUCAUGCUCCCUUUUGUAAUCAUACUCAUUUCCCUCCCACCCCAUCCCCUCUGUAACCCCUAAAAAACCCAACCUGUUGCCAUCAAGUCAAUUCCAACUCGCAGCAACCCUAUAAGGGCAGAGUCAAACUGCCCCAUAGGGUUUUCAAAGCUAUAAAUCUUUACAGAAGCCAAGUGUCACAUCUUUAUCCUGUGGAGCAGCUGGUAGAUUCAAACCCUGGACCUCUUGGUUAGCAGCCAAGCACUUAACCACUGCAGCGCCAUAACCCCUAGCAACCAUUAAUGUGUUCUUGUUACUAAUUUUGUCAUUUGAAGAAUGUUUCUGUAUAAGUAUAAUCAUACAGUAUGUAACUUUUUGGGAUUGGGUUUUUUCACCCAGUGUAGUUCUCUGGAGAGUCUUCCAGGUUGUUCCGUAUAUCAAUAUUUCAUUCCUUUUUAUUGCUAAGUAGUAGUGCGUAGUGUGGAUAUACCAUUCACCCACUGAAGACAUAAGGGUUGUUUCCAGUUUUGGACUAUUAGCUGCCAUGAACAUUUGUGUACAGGUUUUUUAUAUGAAUAUAAGUGUUAAUGCAAUUGUGUCUCCCUAAAACUUAUGUUGAAAUCUUGACCUCGUAUCUGUGAUUGUGACCCUGUUUGGAAAUAUAGUCGGUUCUGAUGUAAGUUGAAUACUUUUUUUUUUUUUUUUGGUUUUCAUUAUUAUUGCCUUUUAUUAUGAGUAUCUUUAUAAAUCCAAUCUUCAUUUGUCUUUGGGGGUUGGCAUGAGAAUGAGAACAUCAAUAAAUUACACUCUGCAACAUUGUAUGUGGUACAUAUUACUAAUGAUAAGAUGUACCGAAAAAAACAGAGAGUCGUAAGUGGGAUUCGUUGCAACUCGAAUAUAUUGUAAGCUGAACUACCUGUAAAAGGGUUCCUUUUGUUAUAUUAAUGAGGGCAUACUGGAGUAGGGUGUGUCCUAAACCUAAUCCCUUCUGAGUAAAAAUCCCUUCUGAGUAGUGUCUUAUAAAAAGGGAAGACAGACAAGGAGAGAGAGACAGACACACACAGGAGUAAGAGUCCAUGCUAGUUAAUAGAAAUACGGUUGAUUUUUACAUCUGUAUCUUGUAUCCUGCAACCUUGCUGAGCCCACUUAUUAGUUCUAGGAGUUAUUUGGUAGAUUUCUUGUGUUCUUUUUUUUUUUUAAUGUAGAUGGUCAGAUGGUCAUGUUGUCAGUAAGUAAGGGCAGUUUGAUUUCUUCCUUCUGAUCUGUAUGCCUUUUAUUUCACACUAGCUAGAACUUACAGCGUUACAUUGGAUGAGAGUGGUGGCAGCAAACAUCCUGCCUUGUUGUCUGAAGUAUUCAGUCACCGUUAAGAAUGUUAGCUGUAGGGUUUUUUUGUAGAUACUUUUUAUCAUGCUGAGGAAGUUUCUCUCUAUUCCUAUUUUUCUGAGUUUAUAUCAUGAAUAGACAUUGAAUUUUGUCAAAUGCUUUUUUUUUUUGCAUCAAUUGAUAUGAUCAUGUGAUUUUUCUUCUUUAGCCAGUUAUGGUGGAUUACAUUGAUUUUUUUUAGUCUCAUAAUUUAACUUUUGUUUUUAAUAUGAUAUUUUUAAAAAGUUAAUAUAUUAACAUGGUAAGGGGGGGGGAGCCAGAAAGUAUAAAAAGCUACACAGUGAAACGUCCUUCUCCCCCAUCUCCCUAUUUCCCACCUACCCCAUUUGUUCUUCUGCAUGGACAGUCACAGUCAAUGUUUCUUAUGUGUCUGCGCUGGGUCUCUUUCAGCAUACACAAGCAAUACAAACGCCUUCUAUUUUUCCCAUUGUUUUUAAAGCUAAGUACUUUGGACCUUGCUGUUUUACACUGAGCAGUAUAGCUUUGAGACCUUGCCAUUUCAUCCAUGAGCUCGGAUUUCCCUCAUUACAACUUCAGGAUGCCCAACAUCGGAUUCCAGAACCUGCCUCUCAACAUAUAUAUUGUGGUUUUUGGCACUGCUAUAUUCGUCUUCAUCCUUAGUUUACUCUUCUGUUGCUACUUGAUUAGGCUAAGACAUCAAGCACACAAAGAAUUUUAUGCCUAUAAACAGGUUAUAUUAAAAGAAAAAGUAAAAGAACUAAACUUACAUGAGCUCUGUGCAGUGUGUCUAGAAGACUUCAAGCCUCGCGAUGAGCUGGGGAUUUGUCCAUGUAAGCACGCCUUCCACAGAAAGUGCCUUAUUAAGUGGCUGGAGGUGCGGAAAGUGUGUCCACUGUGCAACAUGCCAGUUCUGCAGCUGGCCCAGUUGCACAGUAAGCAGGACCGCGGACCCCCACAAGGGCCCCUCCCUGGGGCAGAGAACAUUGUAUAGCUCACCACAAGGAUCAGACUGUUGCAGGAUACGCCAUUCGAGUGGAGCCAGGAGGAACACAGCGGUCUCUGGGUUGGCUGCUCUCUACCUGAGGCAUCAGCUGCCACUUCCUUUGCCUCAUGAAGAACUCUUGGGCCAGCCAAGCUAGGAACCCAUACAUCUGGGUCUUGUGACAACCAAAGCACUCUACCCUGCUGACAUUACCCCAUGCCAGAAGAGGAGUGGACGAGGCUGCAGGUUUGGUUCAAGAAGCUUCAUGAGGGUCUCUUGCUACCUUCAUUACACUCUGUCUCCCAGACUCUUAUCUCCAUGUCAAGGUGAAUCUUUACCAAGCAGAAGGGAAGAUAAACACAAGCGUUAGAGAAGGGAACUGAGGGCAGGUCUUUAAAGCCACGCACCCCAGGCUGCGGACAGAUGCCCUUCUGUGCAGACUGCGCAUGCCUUCACAGCAGCAGACCGUCCCAGCAGUCCCUGAGCCAAGUAAACCAGCGGUACCUCAUCAGAAGCACGACGGGGUGCCAGUGGUUGGCGAGGCAGUACCAGUGAGACCUCGCACGGAUGUCCCUUCAGUAAGGCCUUCUUGGACCCCAAGGGCUUUAGUCACAGCAGAGCAGCCGUGCCCCUCUCCAGGCCCUUCUCCCUCAAGUUCACAACACCUGUCAUCAAAUCAGCUAAGCUAAAAACAUUAGACACGCCUGAAAAGGCCUGUUUGGAAGCCAUUUCCUCCUGUCAUUCCCCUCUCAUAUUCACCAGUAAGGCCAAGCCACCGGUCAGGAGCCCCAGUAGGAGGUGGGCCUCUGAGCCCACACUGUCCUUGUGUGACCCAGGGGGGUGCCGAGUGCCGCCCACAGGCCCACUUGCAGCAUGGUGCCAGGGUAGCCACUGGUCUCAGCCCACUGCCGGGCAGGAGCUGCUGUGAGCCCCUCAGGCUGCUCCGAAGCGGAGCAUCUUUCUGAGAAUGGCCAGUCCUCCUGGCCCAGCUAAGAACCCCUUCCUCACCUUUCUUCCUUCCCUCUGUCCUCCACGACAGCACAGGCUUUGCUUUUUCUUUCCCUCUCUUGCCCUCUGUUUCUCCUUAAGGAAAAAUGCCUGUCUCUGACUUUUUAACAAUUGAAAGCAUCCAAGUAAGAUCCCUCCAUGAUUCUAAGGCCGGUGAUCCACUUGAAAUUGUACAUAGUUUCCAGAAGCCCCUGCCCGGCUGCUCGCCCUUUGGUGGUACCUAGUCAGUCCGUACUUUUGAUAACUAAUUUCCUUACAGGAGAAAAUGCAUGCUGCUCUUUGGCUCUUUCUGUCCAGCUUUUCUAGACGUGACUCGGAGUCCCUUAGGAUUCCUGCAUUCUGUAUCCAUUACCCAUGUAAAGGGGCAGUGGGACAAAUGGAAGUUCUUUUCCACCUUCCUGCUCUCCACCUCCCUCCAUCAUAGGAGUGACUGCCUCAGCUUCUCUCCACCUGCUUCAUCAGGCGUGGGUGGGAAGUUUUUCCUUGGAAAUAAGGCCUGCGUGAUAUGGAGGGAAGAGGAAGGGAGUUUUGUGCUCUGUUCAUGGCAUGGCUCCAGAGAUUUUUUCUGGAAUCCGACCUCUCCCAUCUUAGAAUGGGAGCGGGAACCUGACCUUGGCUCAGGUGGCUGGAGUCGGAUGAGGAAAAAAAUUCCCAUUAGACUAGAAAGUGCUGGGCAGCAUCCAGUUUGGAAAGUUACAACUGCUGUUGGUCAGAAUUGGCUGUUUCCUCUGUAUGACCUACUCGUGGUAUGCCGACUGGACUGCUUCCUAAACAGGGCAAGGGAAGUGUGCAAUCUUUUUAUAUGAAAGCCUUAGCCUGUUUGGCACCCAUGCAAAGAACUGUUUGUACUCUCCCACUUUCACCUCUGUCUCUGUGUUCUCUGUCGGUAGCACAAUGGACUGAAUGCUGCAAAACACUCAGUUUACAGGGAAAUGGCUUCAGUGACCAAUGUCAGACAUAGGCUUGCUUCCGGACUAGCCUCGUUAGUCCCAACACCCAUCAUUUUCCACGGAGUGGCCUGGGGACAAACGUCACCUCUUCAUUAUGGGCCUCCAAUAAUAGGAAAGAGAUUUUUUUUCACCCUCGAGGAGGAAUUCCUGAGCUCAAUAUUGCAAAUGACUUCAGCCCACAGCUUUUGUAGGAUGUAGAUUUCACUUGCAGCUGUUUUCCAUCCCUGUGAGUCAGUACCAAAUAGCCCCACCAAGUCCCCAUAUUUGUAGGGAGGCAAAUGAAUUCACCUCACUGCGUCAGAGCCGAAGGCGAGUUGACGUGGUUGAUGUGAAGCACUAGGCAGAGGGGCAGGGCCAGAAUGACAACGGCUGCUGGAGAAAGCACCAGAAUGCGGCACCUCCCCCCUCCCCGGGCUGCAAGUGGCCGCUGCUGCCGGUCCUCGCCCUGCGCCUGGCGUGGCCUUCUGCACGGCAGCAUGUCCUGCGUCACUCUCAGUGGUUCCUGCAACUCUCAGCAACACAGCCCAGUGUCAGCUCCCCCAGGACUGGCCCGCGCUCCUGCAUCGAUGUGCAUGCAAACAGCAGGGUUUUGUUUAUGUCUUCCAGAGUUCUGAUGAAAAUCACAGAGCAGGUUUUUGUUUGAAGAACAGGAUCUAAUCUCCAACAGGAUUUUUUUUCUAAGGAAGGAGUUAGGGAUCCCUGUAUAUUCUUGGUUUAGGCUCCAGGCCCUCAGUGAGGCCGCCCCUUUCUGCAUCUGUCCUGUUGAGUUGCUUGCAACCUUUCAUUAAUGUAUAGAGACGUGGGGACUCUGAUCUGCUCUCGAGCCACCGGCUGCACUUUAUCUUAAUGGGACUCGAGCAGCUCAGUGAUUGGAUGUUACUUCCAUGCUGUGGGUUAGUGGGUUGCACCAACUCCCCGGGUGGCUGACCCAUUAUCUAGUUCUGUUGCUAGGGGGACGACUGAAUUCAGCUGGCUUUAGAAAUGAGCAACAAAACCAGCCUGACUUGAUUCCUGGUUGGGUCAGCAGAAGGCACCAGUUGUUGUCAUCUGUCACUUUUCUUUGCCAUAGUGUGAUUUGAAUAGGCCUGUCCCUGGCAGAUAUGGGCCUUGUAGCCUGUGGUCACUUAGGCCAGAAGGACAAGCAGAAAUGACCUGAUGGGGGCAAGUGGCCCCUGGAGAAUGUCUGGGCUGAGGGAUACCAGGGGCCUCCCAUCGAAGCCAAAUAUCCUGUUCUUGACGAGUUUUGACAAAUGAAGAUGGUUUUCCCUGGGGCCAACCCAUCAGAUCCAUCUGAGGAAUCACUCCGGGCCCUGUUCAUUCCACAGCCCCACUGCAAGCAUCCCCUGGCCUGGCCCUGCCCUCCUGGGCUACACUCAGGAGAACUGUAGUAAUUCUUCUUCUGAGAGGUUUUCUGUGAGUUACUUUUCUGAAGUGAGCACAGAGAGGUGUCCCACAAGCUCUGGACAUAACAAGUACUUGGAGUGAUCUGAAUCAGCCCCUUGCGACUGGCUGGCCAUGUGGCUUUCUGCAGGUUAGCCUCUCAAUGCCUCCUUUUCCUUAUUUACCACCUUAUCCACCACCCAGGAAUUGUAACAACAAUGUCCUUCUGGCGAGCUCUUGUGAGGAUUAGCCGCACCGUGUUGAGCCUGAGAACCUCUUGAGGUAGCGGCUUCCCCCGGGCCUGGGGCCACCUGGCUCCCUUCCUUGUCCUCUCCUGAGCUCCCCAUGCUCGCUUCCAUCUGCCUUUGCCCACAGUGCAUCCUGACUUGAUCGCUCAGUGCUGAGUAUUGCUUUCUUCACUUUUUUGAAUAGGUAAUAAAUACCUUCACAUGGUUCACAAAUCAUAAAGUUAAAAAUCUUCCUUGCAUCCCUGACCCCCAGCAAGCCCAGGUGCUCCCUCUUGAGCACCCAGAGUUUGUGUACUCAAGAUGAUUUAUCCAUAUAUACAAGCAAAUAUACACACACGUGUGUGUACAUGUGCAUGUGUGUGUACUUUUUCUUUCUUACUCAUGAUGUGGAGCAAGUAUAUUCAAGGGAAAACUCAUGUUCACAUGGGAAGCGCCAUUCCAGAAGUCAGAAUAUCCAUAAAAAGUGAGCCCAGAAUUGGGGGAUGUGUUUGCAAUCAGUCCUUUUGAAUAAGGCAUGUUUUUACUUGAUUGCAACAUCCUGUAAUUCUAGUUCUCUAUACACGUCAGAAACAGCAGUCCCUCCGUUCCCCUGUACCACACGUGCCCAGCUCAUCCAGGUAGACAGCCGGAUUGCUCAGACACAUCCGUGAUGUACCACUCCAGAGCAGGCUCCAGCCAAGACCAACCAGCACAAGCCUCUCUCCUAGAUCUGAGCACCCUUUGCAGGUACCUUUUAGUCAAGCUGCGGGACCCUCCGCACCCUGGCCAGGUCCAGGUGCGGGCCAAGCGGUGAUGCCUGGCUGUGUCAUGGUCUCUUAGACGAACACCCAUGUUUGAAGCAGGGGUUUGAGAACAGCAGCAGCUGAAUGCUGAGGCACCCUUCUGUUCUGUGAGAUGUCUCAGCUGCUAAGCAAGUGGACGGUGGGCCUCCUCAGAAUUAACCACAGAUAUGCCUGGGUGUCUGCAAGCCCACAGGUUUGCCUCUCCCUCCCCACACUUUUUAUGCACACACACUAAAAAAAAAGAUGCUUCUUUUAAAAAAAAAUGCUUCCUGCAGAAUUUCCCCUUUGCCCAACUUUUCUAUUUGCCAACAGGAAUUACCUCACCAGUAGUCCUUCCUUGUAGGGGCUCUGGUGACACAGUGGCUAAUAUACUCAGCUGCUAACCGAAAGGUCGGCAGCUAGAACCCACCAGCCGCUUUGCAGGUGGCGGCAAUCUGCUUCCAUAGAGGAACCCCUUGAAAGCCCUGUGGGGUAGUUCUGCUGUCCUGUAGGGUCAGUGUGAGUCAGAAUCAAUUCAAGGCAGUGAGCUAGACUGAAAGUUAAAUUUAAGCUGCUUCCUCUAGGCAGCCAUGAGGUAAAGAGCCCUGGACUCAGGCCUUCUCUGGCUGCUGAGUGCCUCACCCAAGCCCAUCCUCAUCUGUGGGGUCCACCCACCUCCCUGGUGUACCUGACACCCAGAGCAAGUCUCAACCUUCCCCUGGAUCAAAAGUGCAACUUGGGCCCCUGAGCAGAAACUUGAAGUCUUUGGUCAACCCCACCCUUCCGUCACUUGUGCAGUCUCUGGCCCUGAGCUAGUGUCUUGCUUUUGCUGUUGGAGAUUCCUUUAGUAGGGGAGAUGGAUGCAUGUUAGGAUGAGCAAAUCCUAGUGGACUGUGCAGUUGACUAGAAAAUGGUCAUGGCUUUUAGAAAAUAAGAUUAAUGAAGGAUCCCAUAUGCCACGGAAUGUCCUUCCACUUUUUGGAGGGGGACUACCCGGGGAAAAUAGAGGGGCUUGUUCAGUAAAUGUUAUUCCCAAUUCAGCUUGGAAGCCCUAAUUGUUGCAAGAUGCAAAUGCUUUAUUCCACUUUGAGACCAAGUGUCAGCACUCUUGGCACACCAACAGUCCCCUCACUUCUGUGGGACACCCUCCCAGCUCCAAAGGACGUGCACCUAGCGCACACACACACAGCCCCCUCCCACUUCCCCCCCAGCGUCGGGAGGAGAUUGUAUUUUCACCACCCUCUUGGCUCCCUGCCUCAGCGCCAGCCCAGCCAGCCUUCAUCUUAGGCCACUGUAUCCUGCUCCUCCUCACCUGACCCCUCCCUCUCAGGCCUGGGCAGAGCAGGGGAGCAGGUGUGGCUAGUGAUAUAGUCGCUCUUGCCAGCAGCCCAGUCUUCCAGGAGAAUGUUCCCGAUAACUGUCACCUGGUGGGUACUUUCUAGUCUUGUAGUUUAGCCCUUUGGGAUUUAUUCACUAGAAGUUAUAUAACUCCUUCAAAAAAGGUUUAUGAAAUGCUGGCCUCAGGUUUCAUAGACGUGUUUGUACACUAAGAAUUCUGCAGCAGAAUAUUUUUAAACAUUCACAGUUUUUGUAAGCUAUAUUUUUGUAUAUUUAAUUGCUAUUUUAAAAUUCUAAUGCAUUUUUUGCUAAUCAUUCUUGUUUAAAAAAAUAAAACAUGCAUGUAAUUAAUGUAAACAAAUGUAAAUAAAAAGAUUUUGAAAAUACUUCCUGCUGACCACGUACCCUUCAACACGCAGGGCCCCGUGGUCCCGCAGCCCUGAAGCCUGCAGAGCAGUUGUUGUAAGCCCCGGUAGGUGCUUCUGACCAAACACGUCAGUCACAGGUAAUUGUGAUGGAGAAGCUUCUGGACUGGCCCCUGGAGUGAGGGAGGCAUUGAUUUGGGGAAGGCAGAGCGCUCACACUCAGGACAGCCUGGGCACCGCCCCCCCUGGCCUCACCUCUGCAGAUGCUGCCAGCACAGGCAAGCAGCCUCUCAGGCGUGAACCCUGAGCGCUCAGGGGUUUUGAAGAACUGAGCUUGGUUCCUCUAAUUCACACACCCUGAGGACUACCCACCCUAACUCCCCAGCCCUAAACUCCAUCCUUGGCCUGGAAAUAUUAUUCUGAGGAAGAAAACACCUUUUGGCCCAGAGUCAUCCUGUGGCUGUUGCCAUUCUCACCACCCCGCACUCAGACCUGUGCAGUUCAGCUUCUGCCGGACAGCUUCAGGGAAACUGUUCACCCACGACUUUACUACAUCUGGACAACCUCUUGAACCUGCUCUUACUCCACCAGUCUGGAAGGCUCCCCUCCCCCCAGCCUCCUGAGUCACAGCACCCGCCUUUCCCGUCAGCCUUUUUCUUCUUUGCUCAUCUCCUGUUCUCUGCACUCUACCCUGCUACUAAAUCCCUUUGCUUCACCCACCUAUGUGUAUAUCACCUUCAGGCAUGUAUCUCCAACCCUCAUAGCCAGCUGCCUGCUCAGUAUCUCAAAUCCCAACCUUCCUGCCAGGCCGAGUGCCCUCAUGAACUCUCCCUUCCCUCAUCCCUAUAUCCGGUUGCCACAUCCCGACAUUCUGCCCCUAAACACUUCCCCUCUCUCUCCAGUUCAGGAAGGGGACUUCCUUUCUCACCUGGACUAUCACCACAACCUCCUCAUUGGGCUCCUGCUUCUGGUAAGGGGUGUGGAGUGUGACCAUCAGACAACCAUACAUUUGAAGGGCAGACUGGAGGCACAGCUGCUAAGAUGGUGGCUUAGAUGAGGUGGUGGCAACAACUGGAAAUUCAGUUUACAUCCACCUCAAGCCAGAGGUGGUGAGAUGCCACUCAACUGGGAAGAGGCUGCCAGUGGAGAGCAUUUGAACCUUUCUACCUUCAGAUGUGAAGAUGGAGAGAUGAAGGACAGAGAGUGUCUGGCCUGGAGCGCAGACAACAGUGUGUGUAGGUGACCGGUUAAGGCAGACCACGAGUGAACCUGAGAAGUGGCCAUGUCUAGAGGCAUAGGAGCUGGCAGGGGAGACAGGAGUGGCUGGGGAGGCAGAACGAAAGUCUGCAGUGUUGGGCAGAAUUGAGGAAGGUAAUGUUAGGAAACAGCCAUUAGAUUUAUUAACAUGGGUUUCAUGGGGACUGACCUAGCAAGAACCCUCCCAUGCAGUGAGAGGGUUGCUUGAGCAAAGUUGGAAGUGAGGAAACAGAGACAGCUUUUCAAGAGGAGGAAGCAGUGGGUCCAGUGGAGAAAGAAGGUGAACGUAACACAGAAGGGGUGGUUAAGGUGUUGUCGGGGAGACUCAGAACCAAAGCUCUGAGGUCAGACGGUCCUCGGUUUGAGUCCAUCUCUGCCCAUCUGCAGAUGGAAACUCGGCUUCGGUUUCCUUCUGUUAAACUGUGGGACUAACAGCAUCUAUCCUGUAGGACUGUUGAGGGUUGAAUGAGAUGACCCAUGUAAAGCAUCAGGCACAUCCGUAAGCAUGGGAAGAGGCAGCAGGACCCACAGCAUUAGUGCCUUGGAGAGACAGGUCUGAACGAGCAAGCUCCCCACUCACUCCAGUUAUCUUCUCUGGAAGCAGAGGUGUCAUCUGCUCAUCCUGGGGCACAAGGAACUAGAGCACAGAAAUGGGACGAGUGGGCAGUGGUAACGUCCUUGGUGGUCCUGGGGGAAAGAACCGGGGCCACUGGGAGCUCAGCUGGAAGUAGUAGAGGGAGGGCCACAGGACUGCUGGGUCUGAAGCGGCUCAGGCCUAGCCCCAGGGAGCUGAAGGGCAGCAGCAGAAGGGGAGCCAUCAGUCACUACCCAAGGGACCCAAUUCCCAUUCCUGUGGCCUCGUUCCAGCUCUGCAGCCCCUAUGAGGCCCUACCUCGACAGCACUCACAACCCACAGAACAGCUGCCCUCCACUAUGCACACCCCAGAAGGCAACCUCGAGAGGGUGGCUCUUCACCCCCAACCCCCGGCAGUGGGUUCACUCCUCUGCUGCCCCACAUAGCCCACAUGUGAGCCUUGUAUAAAUCAGAACUCAGGACCCAGACAGAGGUGCCACACAUGCCCAGCCUAGGAGCCCACCCCUCUACCUUCUCCCGGAGGGACCCAGUCCUGCCCUCCUGUGCUCUUCCCAUCCCUCUGGGCCUUUUUCCCUAGUCCCGCAGCCAACCCCAACCCCUGCCUCACCACAGGGCCCAGCACUGGGCCCACCCGUGCACACUCGGAUUCAAGUGAGGGGAGCAAGGAGGCUGCAGAGCAGAGCCUUGGGGUUUUCCUUCUAGUUCAAAGGCUGGUUUAUCCAGGCCCCUCCUUGCCUACAACAGCAAUGCAGGCACCAACUAAUACAUGGAAGUUACAUUAUCUCCAAGAAGAAUUUUAAAUUAUUUCAUACAGCAUAAGAAAAGAUUCAAAGGAAAUCCCUACACCAAGACUCCAUCUCGAAAUUUAUCACCUUCUCCAGUUCUGAACCUAGCACGGGCAUACUCCAUGCUCGGUCCAACAGAACCAGCCUGCCAGGUACUGUCGGCAAGGACUGAAGGCCCAGGACUGAAGGCCCAGGACAGUGGGAGAAAAGGGCAGAGGAAACUAAGGCCGAGUGCCCUGAAGAACACCCAAUCUGCUCCCCAUCACUGACUCACUCGCUGGCCAUCUCAAAUCCAAGUUUUCUACUCAGUCUGAAAGAAUCACCAGAUUCUCUGCAGUCCCCCGAAAAGAUCAUUUCCAGCGGCCCUUUUUGUCUUUCAUCUCAGACUUCCAGCUUGUGCUUUUUCUGCUAGUUGCUCUCUCACAGGAGAUCAGCAGCACUGCCCCCCCACCCCCCACUCUCCAUUUCCGCCCAGGGGAGAAGCGCUGUCUUUGCGAACUGAACUUUCCCGGGAUUUACAAUGUAAUCUGGAACUGCCCUUCCAAAUACUACUUAACCGUCAAGUUUCAGGUAGAGAUAACCUGACCAAUUAAAUCUGCAGAACCUUGGAAUAAAACAUGUUUUUCAAUACUUUCACACAAAGACUGAACACAAACCAGAGUGAUGCACAGAUGAUCUCCAAGGCCAUAUUGACAAAAUUGUGAUUCGGUUACAGCACACGGCAGCUUGCCUUACAUUUAGCAAGCUCACAGAGGACACAAAGCCACAGUCAGCUGAACACAGAAGAGCUCUUGCCUGGUGUCUCCAGUGAGUGGUGCUGAGACAGAGAUUACACAGCAGGUUUAACUGUGCCACACUGAGGAGAAACUGAAAUCAGCAAAUCCUCACUGCUGUGGACAUGGUCCACUUUUUUUUUUUUAGUUUAGACUGAAUUUUUAAGGAUUUAUCUUGAUGACUUAGAAAAAUCCACUUGUCCUUUCUUGCUUUGAUUCAGGUAAUACACAAUCAUAAAACUGAAUGUCUUUAAAAAAACAGAAGUCCACAGAUGCCAUUACGAAAGGUUCCAGGAAGGUAAUGAUCAGGGGAUCUUCAAUAGCUCGAGGAGUGCUCCAACUGCUCCAAAAUAACCCUAAAAAUAAUAAUAAUAAUAAUAAGACCAAUUUUCCUCAGACUUAGUUUCCAUACAAGUACUAAAGCCAACAAUGCCUAAUUCCUGAGUCCUGCAAGGCCAGCCUAGAAGCAGGGAGGCACGGGGAACUCCCAGGGUGGGAACAGGGGUUGGAUUCGACACUCUGGGGGCAUGUCAUACCACUGUGAUAAAAAACAAAAGCCAGGGCCCACACAGGGAAACAACAGGAGCUACAGGCGCUAAGAGCGAUGGUACCUGGGCUGUGUCCUAGGGGAUGAGGACACGAAAACCAGCAGAGACCAGGAACUUUUCCAAAUAACUAAGGAAUGAAGGUGAGAUUGGGCAUGAAGUCCAGUGAAGCGAGAGAAGCCAAUGGGGACAAGUCACAGAGGGUGAGGGCCUGACUGGGCUGGGGGUAGAGUGAAUUCAAGACUCACCUGAAGAGGGAGAUGACAGAAGGAGGGAGGUUUAGGUCCUUCCCAAGCAGCCGGUAACACUAUCCCUGAGAACAGGGACACAGGAGCAAGAGAUGUAAAGAAGGGUGUGUCCCAUACAGGUUGUGGAAAGUUUAGUGCUCCCAGCUGGUCACUGGACAUUUAGGCUCUGGAGCCAGGGUGGAGGCCAGAGCAGCAAUGGCACAGAAGCACAGAGGGAGGUAGCAGAGGUGGGGACACUGAGGCAGGAGGAGGAUAAGCCAAAGGGGAAGUCUAAGGAGCAGCAGAAGCUCCUGAAGGGAGGGAAUAGGCAUGAGACGAAGCAGCAGCUGAAGGAGGACAAAUGAUAUACCAUCUCCAAAAGUCAGUCACCAAGGUCAGAUACAACCAAGAACCAAGACAGAUAAGCCAAAAACGAAACAAAAGUGAAUGAGAGCAGGACUCAGAAAAGAAUACGAUACGGAAUCCAUCGAGGUCUCCAAAGCACAAGAUGCGGUACGGAAGUACUAAGAAAGGACCUGAGAAAGACUGUGGCAAGACCCUGAGACUUGCCUGUGAGUUUAGAGUAGACUGUACUACAAGUCUCUCAAAUAUCAUAAAUAUCGGAGCCCUGGUGGCACAGUGGCUAAAACACUCGGCUGCUAACCAAAACGUCGGCAGUUUGAUCCACCAGCCGCUCCCUGGAAGCCCUAUGGGGCAGUUCUACUCUGUCCUAUAGGGUUGUUAUGAGUCAGGAUCGGCUUGAUGGCAACAGGUUUGGUUUUCUGGAUUUAGUUUCUUUCAAGAAAAGCUUCCCCAAGAAACGUGACCAAACAACAGAGGCUGAAGCCUGCCCUGUCUGCCACUACUUCAUGGCCACACCAAUCUGUGUUAUGACAGGAGGCCAGAGAGUGCAGGAGUGACACAGCUGGGCAAGACCCAGCAAUGCUCCCAUCACAGCUGGAGCAUACAGCUUAAGCCUGUUCAUUUUUAUUUAGCUACAUAUUUUAUGUGGUUUUUCUAUGUCUGUGCUUUCUUUUACAAUAAAAGAGAGAAAAAAAGUUAACCAUUAUAUUGAAUUCCACUGAAGACCUAGAACCUAUUUAUCAAGUAAAAGAUAGAGGUAGGCUAUUAAAAGCUACUAAGUGCUAAGAUGAGAACAGUAAAGGAUAGAAGAAAGGCCUGAGAAAAAUCCAUACAAAGCUUUCACAACAAUGUUAAGCUGACUUCACUGUGAAGACAAGAGAAGAUUCUAAGACUCAACCUACAACGAUCCAAGUUCCAUAAACACAGAGAGAACACUAGAGUCAGAGGCCGGAAUGCAAAUGGAAAUACAAAACAAAUGGGUCAGCAACAGGAACCAAGGGGAAAAUGAAGCCAGUGGGGAAGAAAAAGUGUAAACACAGAAUUUCACAAAUGGUUUAUAGCUAUUAUCAUAUGAAGAUAUAAGUGAAAAAAAGGGGAGGGAACCUAAGAAACUAACCUCCAUGUUCUGCUAGGAAAAGGUUCAACAAGAGGUAGAAAUUAACAGAAUGAAAGUUACACUAAGUUAUAACAAUUAUAGUCAAAAUAAGAUUAUGGAACAGGGGUUCUUUUUAUUCUAAUAUAAAGCAAAAUAAAAUAGGUCAAAGAUCGCAAAGAGGAAGAUGUGUUUUAUAGAAAGAUCACGCAAACUGACAACAGCAGCUCCAAAGACUGGACAGGACCCUUAGGGGUCAACCAGGUUUAUGUUAAUGGGGAAGGAACAGCUUAGAAAAGGAGGGUGAGAAGGCAGCACAGCUCGAAGAAUGUGACCAGUGUCACUGAACUGUACAUGCAGAAACUGUUGACCAGUAUAUGUCUUGCUGUGUGUAUUCUCAACAACAAAAAAGAAAGUAAAAUUUUUCCAAAGAAAGAUUAUGAACCAUGAGAAUCGUAAGACUUUGGUACCACCUGAUUAAUAUAAGAACGUUGGAAGUAAAAAAAAAAAAAAAAGUUAGCUGACUUAAAACUCAAGCUUUCUGAUAUGGGAGAUUUGUGUACUUUGGAUUUUUUCUUUUUAAUUGUUGUAAAAAUACAGGUAA